AUGUCGACCAUAUAUAGGGAGCGCGAGCGCGAGCGGGACUGGGACGCCAGCUCCCACGGCGGCCGCAGUUACACCACCGUGAAACGCUACAAGAUUCCUGACCGAAGCCUAGAAGAAGACACCUACGAGUCCGAAAUGCGCCUCGUCCACCGCCCGCGCGACAUCCAGGAGCGCCGCGAAGCCCGCGAGUACCUCGACCGAGACGACCCCUCCCCCCGAGAUCGCGAGGUGCGCGAGUACCGCUUCGUCGAACGCGAGGUCGAGCGCUCGCCUUCGCCUCCCCGCCGAGAGAUCCGCGAGUACCGCAUCGAGCGCGAGGUCGAGCGGUCGCCCUCGCCUCCGGCUGCUGUAAGGGAGUACCGCGUGGAACGACAGUAUGAGCGGGAACCCCCGCGAGAGGCCCCUUACGAGCUCGAGAGGUAUUCUAGAUCGACCGAAUUCUUCCGUCCGGAGCAACCCCAGCCCCAGCCCAUCAUUAUCCGCCAGGAGGCUCCACAACCCAUCAUUCUCCAGGAAUCUGCCCCGCAGCAGAUCAUUGUGCGGCGGGAGGAGCCGUCCUACGAGAUCAUUGAGCGUUCUGAAGUAACCGAGGACAGACAAGUCGCCCGUCGCGAGCCCCGGCGCGACGAGGAUUACUACUACGAGCGUAAGGUGAAGGAGAUUGACCGAGGCGGUCGUCGCGAGGAAGGCUACUACGACGAGCGCGAAUACGGUCGCGAUCGCUACUACGACCGAGAUGCCUACAGCGACGACGAUGUCGUCUUCGUCCGAAAAGAGAAGGAUACCUGGGGUCGUGAUGCGAGCCCCCACCACGGCCGCCACCUCGCUGAAGGAGUCAUUGGCGGUGUUGCCGCAGCCGAAAUCCUUAGACACCAUCGGAAGUCCAAAGGAGAAGCUCCAGGUCAUCAUGUCCGUCAAGCGCUUGGCUAUGGUGCCUUGGGAGCCGUGGGUGCCGAAGCCAUCAGCCGCUACAGGAACAAUCGCUCCAGAUCCAGCUCUUCCGAGCGAGGACGAGACCGAAGGCGCCGCCGGAGCCGGUCAAAUUCAAGAGCAAAGAAACUCGGUACAGUCGCCGCUAUUGCAGGCAUCGGAGCUCUUGCCUACGCCGCUGGACGAAAGAACAACAAUAAUACAACAAUCAUCGAAGACCGCCGCAGCAGGUCAAGGAAAAGAAGGUCUUCCGUCUCAGCGGUUAGCGAGGGCUCAAGGGGCAGGUCUGCCAGCCGACAUAUGAGUCCGGAACACCGCAAUCGUCGAGCCGCACAGGUUGGUCUUGCCAGCGCUGCGGUGGCUGGCCUUGUCGAGCACCAACGCAGCAAGUCUCGCGAACGUAAAGGUAAACGAAGUCGGAGUCGUAUCCGACAAGGCAUACCGAUUGCUGCGGCUGGCGCUGCCGGAGCGGCCGUCACUGGUCUGUACGAGAGGCAUAAGGCCAAGAAGGAGGAGAAGGAAUUGUCUAGGUCAAGGUCUAGGUCUAGGUCAAGAUCCAGGUCGGUACGCUCCGGUAGGCGGCGAAGCACAGCAAGUGACACAGCUCUUGUAGAGUACGGUGGUGAUCCCAUCUAUACCGAUCCGGCUACGGGCCGCCGGUCCCGCGACUACGAUGAUCCGGCGGACUAUAGGAACCGGCCUCGUGGCUCGUCAUCGUCCUCGGAUGGCAGGCGGCAUCGGUCUCGAUCAAGCCGAAGCCGGAGUAAGAGUCGGGCUCGGAAGGCGGCAGAGACCGCUGCAGUUGCUGGUGUAGCUGGCUUGGCUGCUCAUGAAGCGGCGAAGCGGCGAGACCGCAAGAAAGCUGAGAAGGAGCGGCAGAAACAUGAAGACUCAUCCUAUUCCACCGACACCUACAGCCCUCCCCCAUCGAGCGUACCACCUGGUGCUGACCCCCGCUACUUCCCCGAAUCAAACUACUUCCCUCCACCACCAACGCAGCCUGUAGAAACCCAAUAUCCCCCAUACAACCCAGCAGAUUAUCCACCACCCGGCGCCGUCAACAUGCCCCCUCCACAUGGCUACACCCCUCCCCCUGUUCAUCCAGAACCCGGUAACCCUUAUGCUCAUGACCCUAGACAUCGACGCGGUCCGGAUGACAAUGUGAGUGCUCCAUCCAAUCCCGAGCACAUGCAUGCACGUGGUGGGUCCAGGCUUUCGCCUGGUACAGAUAAACGGGCUAACAGUUCCCCUUCUGCAGAUGGCUUAAAAACCUCUUCCCCACCUAUUGCGCCAGACCCCGUUCAGCCUCUUUCUGCAAAGUCCGUCCAGUUCGACUUGAAUCCACAAGAGGCGUCGCCUGAACAUUCCCGCUCUCCGGAUCGCAGAGAGAGGGAGAGGGAUGAUAAGAGAGGGAGACGGAACGGUGACGGGAAAAGAGAUAGAGAUCGGCACAGUGACCGCCGCGACGGGUCUCCUGCAUCUGAUACCGAUGCCUCGGGCGAGACUAUUGAGCUGCCCCCGCGGUUCGAUGAGUAUGGUCGGAGGAGAGACGAUGACCCUAUCGCGGAAACACUGGAGAGCGUGUUAUCGGGGUUAUUCCGGUAG